AUGGCUGUAGACGAGUUCGAUUGCACUCUUAACCCCAAGGCUGACGAGAUCGUUGCAUCUCUCAUUCGCAACGGCGGUUGUGUUCUUCGAAAGCUCAUUACAGACAGUCACAUCCUCAGUACAAUCGAAAAUGACAUCCGUCCGCAUAUUCAGGCCGACAAGCCCUGGGAAGGAGUUGAUUUCUUCCCUCCGGAAACCCGUCGUGUUACGGGUUUGAUAAGCAAAUCUCAAACUUUUACCAACGCCAUCCCUGCCAAUUCUCUCUACCGUAGUGUUUGCUUGCGGCUCCUUUCCUCGACUUACCGGUCCUGGUAUGGCUACCAGCUAAACACUACAGUCUCUGAGCCUCAACUAAGCAACACGAUUGUCUUCUCUAUCGGCCCUGGUGCCAAGCGUCAGGAACUGCACCGUGACGACUCAAUUCAUCAUAACAUGCUGCCGGAAUUGCAAAACCAUCAUGACUACCGCAUUGGAAGAGAUACCAGUGUAGGUCUCUUUGUAGCUGGCAAGAAGACAACGCGCGCAAACGGUGCCACGCGUUUUGUUCCGGGGUCGCAUCUUUGGGGCGAGGACAGGUGUCCGGAUGAGGAGCUAUCCUGCUAUGCCGAGUUAGAACCUGGUGACGCUUUUAUCAUGCUUGCUUCUUGUUACCACGGCGGAAGUGCGAAUACGACUGUGGAUGAAGAAAGGCUCGUAUACAGCUGCUUCAUGACGAAGGGUUUUCUUCGACAGGAGGAAAACCAGUACUUGGCAAAUUCCUAUGAGCAUAUCAAAGGGUACCCUCAAGAGGUGCAGAGGCUCGUUGGAUACUCGGUGAGCAAGCCCUUCUUGGGUUGGGUCAAUCUUGAUGAUCCUCUCAAGAUUUUGUACGGCGAUGACUUUGCGGGCGAUGGGAUGCGGUGA